AUGCUGAAGCUCUUCCGAAGCUUGAAGUGGACCGGAGCAACGAGAAGAAUGUCGUACUUCCCGCACCCAGUCACCGCAAAACAUACUUCCGAAGGCGACGGUGGCGGCUUCCACUUUGCCACGACGUCGAUGCAGGGCUGGAGAACGCAGCAAGAAGAUGCCCACAACUGUGUGAUCGACCUCGUGGAUGGUUGGUCAUUAUUUGCAGUGUAUGACGGACACGGCGGAGCCGAUGUUGCCAAAUAUGCGCAGCAGCUGUUCCCGCAAUACCUGAAGGACAGCCACUUCUCGCAGCACCACGAUCGAGUCAAGGCGCUGCAGAAGGCUUUUCUGAAGUUUGACGAGUAUCUGGGGCGCAAAGAGAUCGAUGAAGCUGACGAGGGCAUUUCCGGUUUGUUGUGUGACGUCGGGGCGACAGCGUGCGUCUGUCUGCUCAAUGAGGAACAAAUUAUCGUCGCGAACAUUGGCGAUUCGCGUGCCGUCUUGUCCAGCGGAGGAAAAGCCAUCGAAUUAUCUGAAGACCACAAGCCUACCGAUAAAAUUGAGUCGGAAAGGAUUCAGAAAGCCGGCGCAUGGGUGACUGGAAAUGGAAGGGUCAACGGCAGUCUAAACGUCUCCCGCGCCUUCGGCGACCAUUACCAUAAACGCCAGAAUAAGCUGCCGCUGGCCGAGCAGGCUAUUUGCGCUUUUCCCGACGUGCGGAUCCAGGCGCGAAGCCCAGACGACGAAUAUUUGGUGGUGGCGUGCGAUGGGAUCUGGAACUCGAUGACGUCCCAAGAAGUCGUCGACUACAUCGGGCACCGGCUGACCGAAAAGCGGGAUCUUACCCGAAUCGCCGAAGAUCUAUGCGACGAUUGCCUGGCCCCCUACGGAAGUAGACAACCCUCCGGUCACGACAACAUGACUGUCAUCAUCAUCGAUCUAAAAGCGGCGAAACCGAAGGCUCACAAAGUUGUCACCCACUUC